AUGAGGAAUAAUGAUCCGCUCCUCCGCAUGCCCCAGAUCUGUCUGGAGGCGUCGAGGAAAGCCGGCAUCCUCUGGCCAGUAACCAGUGCGUCUUACGAAGAUAGGAAGCGCAGUGAGGAUGCCUUCAGCUCGGCCUUCCUCCGCUAUCUGCAAGGGGAACAUGAACUUCCAUACUUUUUGAGAUCUAUGUGUCCGCACCCGGUAGUGGUUCCCACUGGCUUCAUGGAAUCAUUAAAGGAGUUUCAUGUCGCGCUGUCGGCUGCCUUAACGAACAUCGUGCAAAGAUGGGUUAUCGAUAAGGAGGCGGAUUUGCCGUUGCGGAUGCCACUGGAAAGGCAUGAGGAGGAUAUCCUAAGGUGGAUACAUAAACUCUCCGAAGACAAACUGUUCCCCGCAUAUGAAGGCCAUCAAGGGAAUUGGCGACCCGACUUCCUACUUCCGGCUAACGAAGGGGACGAGUUCAAAGUCUGCGAAAUUAAUUCUCGGUUCCCGUCCAACGGCUUCGACUUGAACGCGCGGGUGUAUAAGGCCCUAGACAGUAUGGAUAUCAAGCCUCUUGAUCUUGAUGUGGCAGGAGACCCGGAACAUAUGAUUGCCUGUCUGAAAGCCCUUUUUCAUCGAGCGUGGCCUGUUCGAUUUGUCCACAACGGAGAGAACAACGCGUUGGUCGAGGCCUUGAUGAGAGAUCUAGGCGACAUGAAGCCACGGCUACUGACACCCGAUGAUCUACAACUUGUGGCUGACAAUACUUCGCUCACUGGAUAUAAACUCCAGUGUGUGCGAGAGCCCACCGUGUCUGCCGACACUCAAGAUGAUAACAUGGAAAAUAUUCAUCAAGUAGCGCUCCGGCUUUGUUUCGACGAGUUUGCCUCACUCUCCCCCGAGAUACAGCGGCAGUUGGCGUUCCAUAGCAACAAUGACAUCCGGUCUAUACUACUGACCCACGACAAGCGAAUGCUAGGAAUCCUACACCAGGAGCUAGACGAUCUAGUUGCCAAACAUCAUGUCUUGACCAAAAGACAGGCUGACAUACUCCGGAAACGAGUUGUCUUCACCAUCAUCCCUGGAUCGAAGGAACUAGAGCAACUCAUUGACUCCUACCAUCAAGGAAAGGUAUGCAAGGAAGAGUUCAUUCUGAAGCCCAUUCGGUCAGGUCGUGGAGAAGGAAUAAUUACGGGCCAAGAGCUGAGCACUUCUGAAUGGGAGACGAUUCUCGCCAACAUGAAGAACCCAGCACUGAGCCCUGAUCGGACGGUGUACAUAAUCCAGCCGUUUGUGAAACAGGCCGAGGGGGAUAUGUUCUUAGACGAGAAAGUUGGAGUCCAGCGAGUUCAUCGGGUAGGCACAUACCACUGCAUGCAUGGCGAGUUUGCGGCACUGGGGAUGUGGAGAGUUGGGAUCUCGACCAAUCGAACCACCAAUAUGACCACGGGAGGUGCCUGGAAAGUGGCGAGCUUGGUGCCGAAGAUGAAUUAG